AUGCCCGUAUGCAACCCGUUUCAAGCAGUCAUGUUUUCAAAUGUGCAUACACGUCUUCAGACAUUGGAACCAAACCUCAAUGAAAACUGUUCAACGUUAUGGGCGUGUGAAAUAAGGUACCUGCUAAUGGAGCCAAAUAGAACACAAACUAUUCCUGGAAUCUCUUCAGAAUUCAAUCACAUGGAACGUUAUCCUGUUCUGUUUAAGUCAAUUUGGUUACAAAAUCAUCAAGACGAAAUGAAUCAUGGAAAAGCCCACCAAACUAAUGAAAUUUCAAAUGAACACAAAUAUGCUGACGAAUACGAAACUCUGCCAACAAAUAUUUCAAGAAUUCGAAUUAUAUUUAAUACUGAACAGUUGGGUGAAAAGUUUCAUGGAACGAAAGGUACUGAACAUUUAACUGUUGUCGAUACAUUUUGUCCAAUAGUAAAACGGCUUUUGGAAAAAAGUGAACCAGCACUGAAAUCGUUUACUCUGUCAUGUGACGCUGUCCUCAAUGUUCCAAACAACCUCACGGUAACUUUAGUAGUAUCAGUUGGAAAAUCGCUCGACCAAUUUCCAUUAACCUUAUCGAAGAAGUAUUUGGAAUGUUUGCUCAAUUAUAUGAAAAAGAAAAGCGAUAAAAGCGAAGACUACGAUUCGAUUUUUGCAGAGAAUCUUCGAAAUUUAAAGAGCGUUGAUUCUGUAGAGCGUGAUCGAUUUGACCUUGAAUCGGAGCAAUAUGACAUAUCAAUACCUGCACCUCAAAAAACGCAGAACAUUGACCUGUGUAUGAAGAUGUAUGAAAACUUGAUGAAAAGAUAUCCUGGAUUUUUAGACACAGUGGCGAGAUGUGAAAUGGAUUUAAAGAAAACGCAUGUAGUACUAUCGUUAGUAGAUCUACUUAAAAAAGGAUACUACAGUGAUUAUCAAACUGCUUACGAUCGUAUCAAAUUUUGUAUUGUUGAAGAAACAAUACCAAAGAUCACUAAAGCAUGA